CAAAUGUUGGACAUGUGUCCACGUUAAAUAGCGACUGAACGUAACCGAUAUGAGCCGCGGGGUCUUUACAUUCGCGCCCGGCUCGUGCCCCAACAACAGUGAACUGUGAACAACAACUAAAAUGCCAGUGUCGGCUCAGCCGUCGUUGGAGAAGAUGAUGCUGGCCGUGGCGAACUAGCGGUUGUGGGGCCCAAUGUUUCUCCUGCCAAUGGUUAGCUGGACUGACUACUACUCCGUACAAGUCGGCCACUAGGGGCAGAGGAUUCCCUCGUUUUCUUCUUGGGCGCCGCAGUAGGAGAGAAGGUCGCCGGCUUCUGUAACCUUACCAAAGGCCCAGUAUCUCUCCCUCGCCCCUUCCGGCUUAUCUGAUCAUUAACAUAUGCCCAUUGCCUCUUUCAUGGUGUGCAGAGAAUGGGGGACUUGAGGAGGCAAGACUGGCGGAUCAUCCGGUAGGGUGUGCGAGGCCGGCGUUUGCUGGAAGUGGUCAAGUUGUGGCAGGUGUGCGAUCUUAUCUGAUAACUUUCAAGUCCUCAACAUGCGGAGUCACGCGGCUUGGGAAGUGACAGUGGGAGGUGUCAGAAACGGAAGUGGAGACCACAACACUGGUUGACACUCCAGGGAAAUGGAAGGAAGUAUGGUAAAGUGAAUCAGAAGUUAAAGAAAAAAAUUAAUUUGUCAAUUAUAUCUAAUGUUGGUGUUACUGGUGACGUGAAUAAAGUGUUAGCAAGUUUAUUGAUCAGUCAAUAAUUACUAGAUUCGGAAUUACCAGGUGAAAUUACUACUGUGUACAAAUGGAUCAAAAUUUGACAUAGAUAAUAUCGAUUUGAAACAUUCGCGAUCAAAGUGAAGAUGAAAACAAUUAUUUGUAAUUAAAUUUUCCCUUCGUGUGACUCAGCUCCUGGGGCUUCCGCCCACCUGUAAUUGGCACAGCGUGAAUUGCAUCCAAGAUUUCAUUGCCAUUAGCCGGGUAGCGGCCCCUGUUGCUGCUGUUGCCAGAGAUGACACUGCUGCAAUGACACUCUGUUCAAAAUGCGUUCAUCUGAAUAGGAAUCAAAGCCACAAAACUUAGCAGUGACAUUCUCUGACACGCUGCUUGUGUCACGACUCACUUUUUUAUCAUCAGAAAAAUUGUGAGCAAAAUUUUCAUGCUUUUGUGAUUUUUUAAACUAAAUAUUAUUAUCUUGAAGAGGACGAUUUUCAUUUCUUCGAACGCAUUGAGUUGAGAUUGUAGUGUGAUCACAGUAUAUAUAUUAUUUUGUCUGACUGCAAAGAGAUCAGUUGCGUGUGCUGUAGGAUAGUGGAAAGGCAGAUGGGAUCCAAAAGCAAAUCCUGGCUUCUUCUUCUUCCUUAAAGAGCAUUUUUAAGGAUCCUUAGAGAAGCUCCUGAUAUGGGACUCGACCUGUAGUGGUCUGAGUACUGAACUCGCUCCUUUCCUCCGUGGUCCCCCUCCCACCUCUCACCUCCCGCACCCGCCGCCAUGUCUUCCCACACCUUCGAGAGCUUCGGCAGCGUGGGCGUUGGUGCCGGGAUGAGUAUGGGCAUCAGCGGAGGUGGCCCCGCCAGCAUGAGGAUGAGGAAGACCUCCGUGCCCAUCAUGUCCUCCAGGUCGCUGGAGAUACCCGGGGGAUCGAUGCACCACAGGUCGCUAUCCAGGUCUGGGUCACCUGCCAGCAGGCGACGGUUCUCCAACGUGAGCGAUGUCGUGACCAGGAAGAUCUCCACCACCAUCGGGUGGAGAAGCGUCAACGUGGAGGCUGUUGUCUCCCAGGCCAAGUGUCUCGUCACUCAGUACAUUCGGUCCAGGCUCAAAAGGGCUGGUCUCCUCAACAAAAAACUAGGCCUACAGAGGCUGCGCUCCGUCGCCAACUUGGCCGGUGGAUGGGAGGUUUGUGAGGUCUUCCCCCGGGUGUCGUGCAUCGGGCAGGAGUUGGAGAGAUCUCACCCUAAACUCUACAGUUCCGUCACUCGCCAGCUCUCCAUCACACUCACCUCAGAUAAGAUUGUCAGGGCAGUUAUAGUUCAAGUGGCAGGUCACGUAUUCAGGGGAGAGGUCAACUGGGCCAGAAUUAUCUCCUUGUUUGCAGUUGCAGCCGGCCUUGCUUCAGAUUGUGUCAAACAAGGACAUCCGGAGUAUGUGGCCGGCCUCAUCGACGUGAUGGGCCUGGUGACCGAGAGACACCUGGCGCCGUGGAUAGCUUCCCAGGGUGGUUGGAGUUCAAUCCUGGCUUGGUCCCAAGCACCAGAGGCAGAACAGUCAGUACUUCAAAUGUUAGUGCUGAUAGUUGCAGGUUUCAUCCUAAUGGCAUUUUUACUGAUUCUUGCCCUCAAAGGACUUGGCCAACUCGUCACAUGAUCUACCAAAGGAUGACUUACACGAGGACCUUAAUUCAUCCUCUGUGACAUUUGUGAUAUCUAGCUCUAAUAAGGAAACAACAACCUUCACAAGCAGGCAGUAUUUGGCAGGGAUCAUGAGCAAAGAUACCAUAACCUGUCAUUAUUGCCUAAGGUUCAGGUUCAGGGCUUAUCUGAUUUAGUGGCCAGAUGCCAGAUUUGGAAUUACAUAAACCAGUGUUUCAAUGUGUGGUUAAUUAUGUUGUGCUUUAUAUCAUCCUAGUAUUUUGAAGGCCAAAACUUUUGUGGUAAUGAAAAUAUUUCCAACUAUGCCUAGUAAAAGAUAAUAGUGUUUGCUGCCAUUGCUUGUGAGUAGAUUAUAAAAUAAUUCAAUCAUAUUACUCCUUUAAGGCAUGUCAGAUAUUGGAAGCAAUGAUGAUAGGACAUUUGGUAGAAGCAGCAGUAUUUUGUUACCUUGUAUGUUCAUCACACAGCUAGUGAGCAUAAGUCUGCACUCCAAAGCAUAUGUAAGUUAUACACCUACUCAUAAUAUACAUUGUCAUUUCUGAACUUCAUUAUUAUAAUAAAAAUGUAUUGUUGAA